GAAUCCCAGCAGUGACGAGGAGGGCCGACAGUCGCCACACGACGUCCGUUUGGAACGGAUCUGCUGGGUGAAGAGAACGUUUUUAGUGGUGAAAUAAUAGAGAGAAUUUGGAGGGAUAAAAAGGUGGAGGAUAUACAAGUGAAUUUGUCAUACCGAUUUUUCCUGUAUUUCUUACGUUGGAAUCGUGUACGAAAAAAUGAACGAAGUACAAUGUUUUCGAUUUGGGAUUUACAAAUGUUCAACAUGUGACUGUCGAGCUAUUUGACUUUUCGUUAUUUACCGAUCUUACCGGUCAUGUCAGUGCGAUCGGUGUCCUCUAACGAUUUUUAAAUCUGUCGAUUUAUUUAUUUAUUUAUUUUUUGUUUGUUUUUUUUUUUCUUCAUUUCAUUUGUACAGGGAUAUCUCGACCGAUAUCCGAUGCAAAGGAAGGAGUGAAUUCGAACGGAGGAAGAGGUGGUUUUUACCUCUUUGGUUUUGCCGAUCUCUUUCGAAAAGAAUCGCGAUGAAGAGUGUCGUGGAAUUGGGAUAGAAGAAUUGGAAAAGAAGAUACAAGAAAGACGAUAGAAGGAUAUAAUCCGAUCGUCAUCGAUCGGCAAUCGAUCCCGAUCUCAGUUUCUCUUGAGGAUCGUUCGAUUUCUUGCUGACCGGCAAGAAAAGCGUGAAGCGAAGUUUGGUUGUCCUCGAAAAUAGGGAGGGAAAAUCGACGAGGGAAGUGAGGAUUGGACAGGGAGCAGAAAGGAUCGAAAUUGGGUUAGAUCGGCGGAUCGAUUUCAACCGAACGUGGAGAAAUAUGAUUGGUGUAAGGUGUAGCAUUGUGGCAGUGUGAUUUUUCGAUUUUAUUGUGAUAUUUAAGAGAGCGAGGGGUGAUCAAAAAGGAGUAAAAUUCGAAAAGAAAAUCGACAACGAUAACAAUUUCUGUGCUCGUCGUAUCGACUGAGUGACUCAACCGAAAUGACCGUGGAGACACAUUAACGAGUGACCGAUAGAUCGGCUUGCAGCCUCGCAACUUGGCAGGAAAAAAAAAAGGAUAGAAGCGAAGAGGAUAGAAACCGAGGACCGAUUUCAGUCGAUAGUAUCCAAACUUACCGAUCGUAUAAAAAUUUUUGCAAUCGUAAUUCGCGUCGCUAGUUGAAUAUUCACCGCUUCUGAUAGAAUCGACCGAGCGAUUGAUUUUGAAAUCGGUGAUAAUCGGCGGUGUCGAUAUUUGUUUGCAAAGGGUGAAUCAAAGAAAAAGAGAAAACCGAGGUGAAAGAAAACAAGAGAAAAGAAUAUCGGCGAGUCGGGAUAUCGUAUUUGUACAAACAGUGAUGAUGCAGUUGUGGGCAUAGGUGCAAUAACGUGCAGAAACGUGUGUGCAUAAUAUACAUAUAAUUUAUAUAUACAUAUAUAUGUAACGGAGUGCAGCGUAACGGAUUGUGGUGUACAUCGUGUACGGAUUGUAAUAAUAAGCAAGCUUGUAUUCGAGUGACAUGUGAGAGGGAAAAAGGAAGAACAGAAGGCGGGAAAGAGAGAGAAAAAAGGAAAAGCGACGAAUUGUAAUCGCUGCACCGUGAUUAAUUGCAAUUGUAAACACAUAUCACACUGUUGUUGCAUCAAUAAUUAUACACACAUAAGCUUUUACGCACAGCUUUGCACCGAUGGAUAUCACCGUUUGUCUUCCUGCUUCCUCGUCGUCGAUAAAAACGGCUCUGUAGACUCGAUGAUCGAGUGUUGGGAGUUAUCCAGACUGCAUCUGGCCACCGGAAUAAAUAUCAAAGGAUAAAUAUCGUCGACGGAGAAGCGGUCCCAGUGUCAAAAGAUGAGGUACUGCUGGUUCAAAGUCGCCUUCAGCGCCCUGAUUGGGCUCUCAACGUAUUUUUGCAACGCGGCGCCGACUGAUUUCGCAGUCCCGGUAGCCAAGGACUCGACGUAUUCGCAUCCUGCGCGGACCCUGGACACGGACCAGGGUCUGGGUCAGCCGAUUGACAUGGCAUGGGAGGCCUGGAUAGUGACUGACAAGAAGCUGACGGAGGACGGUUCGAACUUUGAAUCGUCGACGGUUCCACGACGAAUCACCAGUAAGAGUGUCUUCAUCACUCCGUCGCUGAACAAAACGUGUACCGAUGGUUACCGCUUGAAAAGUGACAUGACGUGUGUUCCGGAGACCAUCACUUUCAACUCCAAGGGACACUUCCAGAACUUCGUUCUCACACGCCUGAACCGUACAUUCGCGAAUUCUUCCGCAGUCACCGAAUUGAAGGUGUAUGGUCCUGUUCAGGUAGGCAUACCGCUUAGCAAAGAAGGCAACAGUCCACCCCCAUCGUCGAGUGAGAAGCCGGAACGCGAUGAGGAUCCGAUCGAGAUCGCGGUCGUUGAAGAGGUCCAGGAGGACAAGAAGUCGGGGAUCGAAACGGAGGCGGGAUUGACUGUCUAUCUGAUUGGAAACAGGACAAAGAGUUCCAACUUUUCGGGGGCUUUUGAAGAGCAAGGAACUCGCGACGAGCCAUCCUUUGCUGAUUUCAUCAAGAAUGGUAGUCAUGCUUUCGCCGAGGUGACGAACUACCAGAUUCCCAUUGACCUUCGAAACAUUCUAAACGGUUCCAAGCGCGGCGAAUACAAGGAGAGUUAUGAAUCGGGGAAAAACGUCACGACUAACGAUACCGAGACGGUUGUGCUGCUUCUCGCACCGGCCAGAGUGACCUUGACACCCGAAGAACCAACGACGACGACAUUUUCCAAUGACGAGAGUUUCCUCGGGAAUCAGGAAAAUGACGCGGUCAACUCGACGGCCAGCCACGGGGUACCGGUCAAAAUUGAUGGACCGGAUUCUCCCUCCGAGGGUACCGCAAACGAGGAGGCAACAACGCCUUCCGAGUUCACUACCGCAAAAGAGGAGGAGGGAGAGGAAGAACAGGCAACCACAUCAGGCGACGACGCGACUGAAUCCUCGACGAUAUCUUUCGAGGACGAAGAGAGCAUGAUCUCGACUACACUUGACCCCGAAGACCAGGAGGAGUUGCUGACGCACAGCGAGGCCGGAAUGCUGGUCUCACCAGGUAACUUGAGACCGACAAUAUCAGACCCGGUAAAAGCGCAGCCAACAGUGAAGGAGGAGGAGGUCAGCCAGAUAUCGAGCGAGGCGAGCAUCCUGGGCGACAUGAUCAUGGAAACGACGCUUCUGGGUCUCCACAGGACCCCCAAGACACCCGACGCGCUGUCCGAUCUCUUCGAGGCCGAACCCGAAGUCGUCUUCUCACCGCGUGAUGAUCGUCGACCGGACAGGGCGAACGCUGAAGAGUCAAAAGACAACUCUUCAGCAGUCCCUCAGGGAUUGCCAACCGCCAGCGACGCCGAAGUGAUUCCAACGCUGAGAAGGACCAACUCGGAUGCGAAUCAAGGUCGAGUCAGAUUCCCCGACGACCCAACGGACUCUUCUUCAAGCUACGUUCUCUUCCCGGGUGACAAUUCAAACAGUAUAAACGGAAACCUGGCCUACAAGAACCGGCGGGAACGGAUCUCAUCACCCUUCGAGGACGCCACCACCGGAGUUACUCACGGUCAGCCCGACCAAAGAAACUCCCAGUGGAGCGGGCUGCCCGCCGGUUUGGGAACCGGAAGCAAUCGACGCUAUUCCCCGCAGACCGGAAGUCCCGUUUCUCAACGCCAGAUGCCAAUGCUACUCAGGUUUUGGAAGAGAAUGCCACUGAUCAGGGACCCCAGCAUGAUCCAGAGAACGAGGGGUCCCUCUUCGGAUCUUUCACAAAUCGGGCCUCACGUACCAUCUUCCAGCAGUAUUUACAGGGAUGUUUUACCUCGAUCAUAUCCCGGGCAGCGCGUUUUUAACCGGAAUUUCCGAGGUCCAGGAUCACCCGGUAGGAUACAGCGGAUCGGUUAGAUAACCUGCAUGUACUUUACGUGUUCGAAGCUAGUGAAAUUUUCAGAGCGGUGCCAAAUAUUUAUGUAUAAAUAUAUAUCACGAUAACAUUAUAGGUAUAAACAUUGAUUCGUUAUUGUACGUAUGAGACGGUGAUUUUAGGCGUACGUGUGUAUAUAAAGUACACGUGCAUGAUAAAUUUGUACUUGCGGCUUUCGAAUGAGUGAAUGGGUUUGGAGAAAAAUAAGCCGCUAGAAAGUAUAACAAUUAGUGUUUAUCUAAUGCUCCUCGAAUUUAGGGCAGAAAUUUCAAGACUUUUCUCAGCAUUAUUAUACGUUUAUUAACACAUUGACCAGAGUUGGAAUCGUGCCAGUGUGCUGACUCUGAAACGGAGGUUACAUUGAUGUUCGUAUAUGUACAGGUAUAAUGAUUAGCUUUUCCAAAUUCUCGUCCUUCCCGCCAAGAGGAGAAAAAGAAAACAACAAAAAAAAAAAACAUAGAUAAUAAUAAUAAUAAAUUGAAAAAAUAGUUUGACACCUAGUAAUGCAACUAAUUUUACGCAGGGUCUAUCAUUUUAGUCAAUUGCGGCAAUGAGCGAAUAUUUAGAAAAUUACGACAGGAGUGAUACACACGGAAGAUAAAUAUUCCAUAUUUCUGAAAGAAAUUCUUCGGUAAUAAAAAAUCAUUGCAACUAUUAAUCUUUUGUCAAUGUUUAAAUUGUUUCGUCAUUAUUUUAUAAUCGAGGGAAUGAAAAAAUUCAGACAAGAAUAGAUAAACAAGUAAAACACAUAAUGCAAUUGAAAACCACUAUCAAAUAAAACUUAACAGUGAUCGACGAAGUCAUUAUUGACUCGUUCCUCCAUUUAAAGAUAGACACUUCUCCAAAUCACAGACUGAUCGAUAGUAUCGUAUUGUAAAGAUAUAAAAGUGUAUUUUUGUUGUUUGUUUUUGUUAAUAUUAUUAUUAUUAUGAUUAUUAUGAUUAAGUUUAAUUUAUAACGAAAAUUAGUUGCCGUUUCGAAAUCAGUUUUAGAGAAACCCUGUAAUUGUACAAUAGAUAACGAUGAUAUAAAUGAUUCUUAACUUGAUCGCGAAUUUUUUCAUUCUGUGCACGACAUGGAAUAUUAUAAAUAUAUGUAUAGCAUGAUAAUUAUUAUAUACGAUGUGUGUAUUAUAGAUGCAUGGAAAGUAUUAAUGAAUGUAUGUAUGUAUGUAUGUAUGCAUGCAUAUGUGUAUGUAUAGGAUAGGUAUCCGUUCGCAAUUUUUACCAACGAGAGUAUAUAAUGUACGUAUUAUAUGUAUUAUGUAUGUGUGUGUGUGUAUUAUGGCUACCUAUAACGAUACGUCUAUAUGUGUAGUGUACGUAGCUAUGUAUUAUCAACUGUUUAAAUUUAAAUUAUACAUCUAUGUAUAGUACUAGAUAUGUACAUAGAGGCAUCGAAUCUAAUUAACUUAAUUCUGAGACGUAUGUAUCACCGGGGCGAAAAAUAAUAAUAAUAAUAAUAACAAUGCAUGGUAAA